AUGGAGUCUUUGUCGUUCUUAGUCUUAGUACUACUCAUGUGUCUUCUAUUGUUAUCUUUCGUCAGGACCAGAAAACCUUCAUGCAAAGUUUACUUAAAAGAUUUUGCCUGUUACAAGCCUCCAACGUCUCAAAAAUGCCCAAAAGAGCAUUUUUACAAGUACAUUAUUGACAAUGGUGAUUUCUCAGAAGAGAUGCAGGAUUUCAUUAGAAAAACUCUGGGAAGAUCUGACCUUGGGGACUCAAGUUAUUUGUCUGAGAUCUUUUUCGAGAGAAGUUAUAAACCGUUAAUGAAAGAUUCAAGAAGGGAAGUAGAAAUGUCCAUCUUUGGUUCUAUAGACAUGCUUAUAGCAAAAACUGGUGUAAAAUGUGAGGAUAUUGGAAUCCUGAUUGUGAAUUGUUGUAUUUAUAACGCAGUGCCGUCUCUUUCUAGCACAAUUGUAAACCGAUAUGAGCUUAGAGAAAACACAGUCAUCUAUAACCUUGCUGGGAUGGGAUGCAGUGCCGGACUUCUGGCAAUUGGACUUGCUAAAAAGCUCCUCCAGGUGCACCACAACUCAUAUGCAUUGGUAGUGAGUACAGAGAGCGUUACAGAAAAUUUGUACCUGGGAGAAGAUCGCUCCAAACACAUUACCAAUUUUGUGUUCCGUGUUGGAGGUGUAGCAGUACUCCUCUCUAACCAGCACUCCGAUCACAACAGUUCUAAAUAUGAACUUCUUCAUGCAGUACGAACGAGCACAUCAAACUUAGACCGAUCCUACAAUUGUAUCUUUCGAGAAGAAGACAACGAUGGAAGAGUCGGUGUCAACAUCAGCAAAGACCUAAUAGUAUCCGCGAUAGCCACCAUCAAACCCCAUGUAAUAACUGUAGGUCGCCUAAUCCUUCCUAUUAAAGAUAAACUACACUAUCUAAUAAACUACAUUUCAAGAAAACUUAUUCCGUUGGCGAACAUCCAGCCAUACAUACCUAAUUACAGCACUGCAGUUGAUCACUUCCUUCCCCACGUAGGCGGUAAACCAUUGCUUAAUGAUCUGCAGAAAACAUUGGGAUUUUCCAAUCAAGUUAUGGAAGCUUCGAGAAUGACAUUGUUUAGGUUCGGAAACACAUCCAGCAGCUCAAUAUGGUAUGCGCUGGCUUAUGUGGAGGCAAAAGGUCGGGUUAAGAAAGGUAACCGGGUCUGGCAGAUAGCAUUCGGGGCAGGUUUUAAGUGUAAUAGUGUUAUUUGGCGUGCACUAGAAACCGUUGAUCUUGAUGAUAAGAAUCCUUGGACAGACGAGGUGGGUGAAUUCCCGGUGAUUUUAGGAUACUGUGAACCAGCUCCUUUAUUUUUCGAACAGUCCAAGUAAACUUAGUAGACUGUUUUCUAAAUUUAAGUUGUUCCUACGCUUACUAAUU